AUGCCGGCGGGCAUGACGAAGCAUGGCUCCCGUUCCACUAGCUCGCUGCCACCCGAGCCCAUGGAGAUCGUGCGCAGCAAGGCGUGCUCGAGGCGCGUCCGCCUCAAUGUCGGAGGGCUGGCACACGAGGUGCUCUGGCGCACCCUGGACCGCCUGCCCCGCACGCGGCUGGGCAAGCUCCGCGACUGCAACACGCACGACUCGCUGCUGGAGGUGUGUGACGACUACAGCCUCGACGACAACGAGUACUUCUUCGACCGCCACCCGGGCGCCUUCACCUCCAUCCUCAACUUCUACCGCACCGGGCGGCUGCACAUGAUGGAGGAGAUGUGCGCGCUCAGCUUCAGCCAAGAGCUGGACUACUGGGGCAUCGACGAAAUCUACCUGGAGUCCUGCUGCCAGGCCCGCUACCACCAGAAGAAGGAACAAAUGAACGAGGAGCUCAAGCGCGAGGCGGAGACGCUGCGCGAGCGGGAGGGCGAGGAGUUCGACAACGCGUGCUGCGCGGAGAAGAGGAAGAAACUCUGGGACUUACUGGAGAAGCCCAAUUCCUCUGUUGCCGCCAAGAUCCUUGCCAUAAUUUCCAUCAUGUUCAUCGUCCUCUCCACCAUUGCCCUGUCUCUCAACACCCUGCCCGAGCUGCAGAGCCUUGACGAGUUCGGUCAGACCACAGACAACCCCCAGCUGGCCCACGUGGAGGCUGUGUGCAUCGCAUGGUUCACCAUGGAGUACCUACUGAGGUUCCUCUCCUCCCCAAAAAAGUGGAAGUUCUUCAAGGGCCCGCUCAACGCCAUUGACUUGCUGGCCAUUCUGCCGUAUUACGUCACCAUCUUCCUCACUGAAUCCAACAAGAGCGUGCUGCAGUUCCAGAACGUCCGCCGCGUGGUCCAGAUCUUCCGGAUCAUGCGUAUUCUCCGCAUCCUUAAGCUGGCACGUCAUUCCACUGGCCUCCAGUCCUUGGGCUUCACCCUGCGGAGGAGCUACAACGAGCUGGGCUUGCUCAUCCUCUUCCUCGCCAUGGGCAUCAUGAUCUUCUCCAGCCUUGUCUUCUUUGCUGAGAAGGAUGAGGAUGACACCAAGUUCAAAAGCAUCCCGGCCUCAUUCUGGUGGGCCACCAUCACCAUGACGACUGUUGGGUAUGGAGACAUCUACCCCAAGACUCUCCUGGGGAAAAUUGUGGGGGGUCUCUGCUGCAUCGCGGGGGUCCUGGUGAUUGCUCUUCCCAUCCCCAUUAUUGUCAAUAACUUCUCCGAGUUUUACAAAGAGCAAAAGAGGCAGGAGAAAGCCAUCAAGCGGAGAGAGGCUCUGGAGAGAGCCAAGAGGAACGGCAGCAUCGUAUCCAUGAACAUGAAGGAUGCAUUCCCCCGGAGCAUAGAGAUGAUGGACAUUGUGGUUGAGAAAAAUGGAGAGAAUGUGGGUCAGAAAGACAAAGUGCAAGAUAAUCACUUGUCUCCCAACAAAUGGAAAUGGACCAAGAGGACACUAUCUGAAACCAGCUCAAGCAAAUCCUUUGAAACCAAGGAGCAGGGAUCACCUGAGAAAGCCAGAUCAUCUUCUAGUCCUCAGCACUUGAACGUCCAGCAGUUGGAAGACAUGUACAACAAGAUGGCCAAGACCCAAUCUCAACCCAUUCUCAAUACUAAGGAGUCAGCCAUCCAGAGCAAACCAAAGGAAGAACUUGAAAUGGAGAGUAUCCCCAGCCCCGUGGCCCCUCUGCCGACUCGUACAGAAGGGGUCAUUGACAUGCGAAGCAUGUCAAGCAUUGAUAGCUUCAUUAGCUGUGCCACAGACUUCCCUGAAGCCACCAGGUUCUCCCACAGCCCUUUGGCAUCACUUCCCAGCAAAACUGGAGGUGGCAUGGCCCCAGAGGUUGGCUGGCGGGGAGCUCUGGGUGCCACUGGUGGUAGGUUCGUGGAGGCCAACUCCACCCCUGAUGCCAGCCAUCACUCCACUUUCUUCAUCGAGAGCCCCAAGAGUUCCAUGAAGACCACCAACCCCUUGAAGCUUCGAGCUCUUAAAGUCAACUUCAUGGAGGGCGAUCCCAGUCCAUUAGUCCCCAUUCUGGGGAUGUACCAUGACCCUCUUAGGAACCGGGGGGGUGCUGCGGCAGCUGUGGCAGGGCUGGAGUGUGCCACCCUCUUGGACAGGCCUGUGAUGAGUCCAGAGUCCUCCAUCUACACCACAGCGAGCGCUCGGACACCCCCCCGGUCGCCAGAGAAACACACAGCAAUAGCAUUCAACUUCGAGGCUGGCAUCCACCAGUACAUUGACGCGGACACAGAUGACGAAGGGCAGGUCCUCUAUAGCGUGGGCUCCAGCCCUCCCAAGAGCCUCCACGGGAACACCAGUCCCAAGUUCGGUGUGGGGACGAGGUCAGAGACGAACCACUUUGAGAGCUCCCCCUUACCCGCCUCCCCUAAGUUCUUAAGGCAGAACUGCAUUUACUCUACAGAAGCAUUGACUGGAAAAGCUCCCAGUGGUCCAGAAAAGUGCAAACUUGAGAACCACAUCUCCCCGGACGUCCGCGUGUUGCCGGGGGGUGGAGCCCAUGGAAGCUCACGGGAUCAGAGCAUCUGA